AUGGCAGAGGAACAAAGAAGACAAAUAGAACAGUUGAUGGGAAAAGAAAACGGAUCGCUGAUACGGCGAAGAGAUCCUGAAAUGACUUCAUCUCGUGUAUGUCGGGCUUUUUUAGUCGGCACCUGUCCUCAUGAUUUAUUUGUAGGAACAAAGCAAGAUCUUGGAAGAUGUCCUAAUCUACAUUUACAAAAACAUAAACUAGAAUACGAGCAUCGAACGAAAAAAUUGGGCGAAAAGUUUCCUGACAUAGAGUAUGAUUAUUACAAAUUGUUGUCUAAAUAUGUCUCUGAUUUGGACCGAAAUAUCCACAAUGCCCAAUUACGUUUGCAGCACACGCCAGAGGAAAAAGCAAAAAUUGCCCGAGUUACAAAGGAAUUAGAUGAUCUAGAUGUUGAGAUUGGUUUGAUGGUCCAAGAGCUUAAUUAUUUGGUAGCCAAAAAUCAGGCCAGUAAAAUUAUUGAUUACGCCAUUGAAUUGAAUGCCAAAUGUGAAGAGAGGGAAAAACUCAGUCAACAGGCUCGAAGAAUAACUGAAAAUGUUGGACAAACAUCACAACAGAAACUUCAGGUGUGUGAUGGGUGUGGUGCUUACUUGUCGAGAUUGGAUAACGAUAGAAGAUUAGCAGAUCAUUUUGUUGGAAAAAUACAUAUGGGUUAUUUGGAAAUACGAGAAAACUUCAAGGAGGUACAAAAUAAGUAUAAGAAAAUGGGAAAGAACCUAUAA